GUGGCUUGCACUCGCCACGCCCCCUCCCUGACGUCACCCCGAGGCGGAAGAGGCCACCGGUGGGGCGGGGGGGGGGGUCCCUUCCUUGUGCCCCCCCAGGUUCCGAUGUCAUCGCAGCGGGACCCGGUGCUGGAGCCGGGCUGGCUCCUGUCCCCCGCCGCCCGCCCCUACCUGUCCUCCAUCCUGCACAAGAACCAGCGCAGGGUGUUCGGCCUGCUGGAGCGCCCGGCGCUGCCCCCCAACCUCGCCGUCCCCUUCGUCACCUACAAGCUGUUCCUGCACGGCAAGAGCGGCGUUGGCAAAACGGCUCUGGUGGCCUCGCUGGCGGGGACCCCCGUGCCCCCCGUCCACCAUGAGACACUCGGCAUUGAGGUGACCACCGUGUAUUGGCCGGCCAAGGCUCGGGCCAGCGGCCGCCCCAUCAUGUUCCAGCUCCAGUUCUGGGACUGUGGAGAUGGAGCCAUGAGGAAGUUUGAGCAUCUCCUGCCCGCCUGUAAGGAGGAAGCAGACGCCGUCCUCUUCCUCUUCUCCUUCACCGACCGCUCGUCCUUCGAGGAGCUGCCGGCGCAGAUGAGCCGAGUGAUGGGUCCUGAUGGAGAGAGGCUCGUCAGGGUGGUCGUGGGCACCAAAUUCGACCUGUCCCCGCAGGCGGACGUGACGGAGCGGGACGUGGUGGCCUUCGAGGAGGCGCGGGGGGUGCGGGUGCUGCGGGCGGGCAGCGCGCCGGGGGCCGGGGGGGGCCGGGGGGGCCUGGCCCGGGUCAGCCCCAUCCUCGAUGCUCUGGUCGAGAGCCUCUGGCACCGGGACCAAAUCGCUGCCGGUGUCGCCCCAGAGGGUGACGGGUCCCCCCCGGCCUGAACCCCUUCUUUGGGGGGGGGGUCCUGCAGCACCAGGGGCCCCUUAUCGUGGUCUCUGGGCUCGGCCGUGCCUGGGAUGGGAAAAGGGGCGUUUUAACCAAAAUCCAUGUUUCUUAAGCAAAAAGAGCCCUGUGGGUGCCCUGAGUCGUCUGAA